AAGAGAGAGAGAGGGGGAAGCGGGAGUGCGCUUUCCGUGUCUGGUUAGUGGACUGACAGCCAGCUGUGCGGCUACAACGACAACAACAACCUCCUGGAUUUUCUACAUACAACUAGAUUAGUGUUGGUCUGUUACUGAUCAUUAUCUUGCACUAUAUUUAGUUUUUGAAGUGAGGACUCGACAGCAUAAAGCUAAAAGCAGUAUCGUCGGCGGUUUCCGUGCUAACUAGCUAGAAGAGCAUUCCUCCAACAUGAAUCCGUUGUGUGGCAGAUGUAAUCUAGUCGUAUACCCCACGGAAAAAGUGAAUUGUCUGGACAAGUACUGGCAUAAAGGAUGCUUCAGCUGCGAGGUCUGCAAAAUGACUCUAAACAUGAAGAAUUACAAAGGCUUCGAGAAGAGACCUUACUGCAAUGCACACUACCCCAAGUCAAACUUCACCUGUGUGGCUGACACUCCAGAGAACCUCCGCCUCAAACAGCAGAGCCAGAUGCAGAGCCAGGUUCGCUACAGGGAGGAUUUUGAGAAGAACAAAGGGAAAGGUUUCAGCGUGGUCACAGACACUCCAGAGUUGCAGAGAAUUAAGAAAUCGCAGAACCAAAUCAGCAAUAUUAAGUACCAUGAGGAUUUUGAGAAGAGGAAGAUGGGAGGAGAGGUUCCAUUUCAGAAGCCGAGCAACCCAAGCCCAGGAGCUUUCCAGCCGCCUGCAGCCUCUCCGAACUUCCACUAUGAGCAGGCUCCUGAACCCGUGCAACCGGCGGCCGCCGCCCCGCCGCCCAGCUCUGGGAAGCGAUACAGGGCAGUGUACGAUUACGCUGCUGCUGAUGAAGACGAGGUUUCCUUCGUGGACGGAGAUGUGAUCAUAGACGUGCAGCAGAUCGACGAGGGCUGGAUGUACGGCCGCGUGGAGCGCACGGGCCAGCAGGGCAUGCUGCCCGCCAACUACGUGGAGGCCGUCUGAGUGAAAGGGAGAGAAAAAGAGGGAGAGAAAAAGGAGGAGGUAGAGAAAGGGAGGGAAAGAAGGAAAUGAAAAGCCCAGUGCCAUCUCAUCUUAAAGCUGCUUCCUCUUGAUUUUACUCCUGUUCCCUGAUCUGUCCUGUGAGACCCUGAAACCCCCAACCCCCCCUUCUGCGUCCCUGCUCUACUCUCACUGUUUCACCACAGACACCUUCUACCUUUGGUCUGUCUGUCCUUCUCUGUCUGUCUGCCUGCCUCUUUGUCUGUCUGUCUGUGCUGAAGUCUGUCUCUGUUUGGAUGUUCCUCAUCCUCUCUUGUCUUUUCCCAAACCUGGCUCCGAUCUCAAGUGCUGUCUCAAGUGGAAAAAUGAAAGUCUUAAGGAUAAAACACACAGUUCAUUGCAGUAUGGCAGGGGUCAUGCCAUGCCACACGGCUCCAUCCUAGCUAUAGCACUUAAUCCUAGCACAACAUCAUGCAAAACUUAAGAGGAAGAAAAAGUCAAAUAUCCCCUUUUCCCUCGAGAGUCAGUCGCCACAGCUGAAGACGUUUAUUCUGUAAAGAAAUUAGGUUUAAUAAAUGUGGAUGGGUGUGGCAUAUUAUCACAGGCUUGUUUUUUUCUCAUUUAGCAUCUUUAGAUCUUGGCCAGACUGGAAACACAGUGCAGAAUCUCUGUGUAUCAGAAAGAAGCUUGAAUAUGUUUGACUUGUGUACAUUCCUUUAACCUCUAGCCCUGUUGCUGUUGCACCAAUCAGCCAGUUAUCAGUCUUAACAGAGAGGUUUUUAAUAUAUUUAUCGAUUGACACACAUCUCGCCAUUGUGUGCUCGGGUAGGCACCCUCGUGUUCAGCACUGCAUUGUGGGCAUCGUUGUAAAACUGGAAUUGUAGCCUAACUGAAGAGCACCUCCUGUAGUUGCCUUUCUCGGGCUCGUCGGAUACAGGAGGGAUCAGGGACAAGUUAGGGGACAUUAUCAGUCCAUCUCUAGCAGCCACACUGAAUACUUCACCUCAGUCGGCGUGGAUGCACCCUUAUUCCUGUUUUUUGCAGCCUGAAUGCCUUCAGUCCUGAGUGAAUCACAAAGUUAAGGUGAUCAAGGUUAUACUGUUAGGAAAAAGGAGAUGGGAACAUGUCCUUCCCCCUUUUUUGCUACAAAAUCACCAAGAAAACACAUUCAUAAAAGAGAAGGCCAAGCACAACUCUAUAUUGUGAUUUUUUUCUUUCCUUUUCAAUCAUUCCACUGUUUUUGUGAGUGAACAUUCCAACCUUUUGUUUUCCAUUCAAUGUGAGAGAAAUUGUCGAAUCCUUGGCUGUGGUAAAUGUUGUUUUCAUGCUGUUCUUUCUUUUUGCCUUUCUUGUUAUUGUUAUUGUAAAAUAAUUAUUUUCAAAAAAAAGUCAGUGUAUCAAAUUAAUUAAUUAACCUGCAACUCGAUUUAUGAACCAAGGCAGACUUGUGUGGUCGUGGUAUUAGAUCAGUUUUGGGAUUUUUCAACCUGCAGUUUCAGGUCAGACCGGUGCUAGCAGCCGGGAUAAAAAAUCAUCCAAAUGCUUGCAUGUUCAUGCCUGUCUCUGAUAAGUGCAUUCUCGUUUAUGCUCUUUAAUAUUCUGGAGUUUCAAAAAGAGAAUCAUGUUACCAAAUGGCGUUUAAAAUCAGCCCUGGUCUUUAAAACUUCCUAAAGCCAGGCCUGUCACCCGCCUGUCAGGGUUUGAGCAACGAUGUCAGACACAAAGUUUUGUUCUGUCCACCUGCCGGGUGAAUCCCAAAAUCUGAUCACUCAAUCUGCCGAGAUUUACGAGCAUCUGGUCAGUGUUGGUCAAAAAAGAUUGAAAGGAUGUUGGUUCAUAAACACAAAAUCAAGCAUUUAAGUUGCUGGCUAUUACACAGAAAUGCUGUAUCAUUCCUUCACUCUAAAUACUUUGUUUCUGUGAGGACCUUUUUAUAUGAUUUAAAAAAAGAUAUUGACCAUUACUCAGUGGUGUAAAUAAUCUCACAGGCCCCUCCCUGACCAUACACACCUCUCCCCGUUUUCUUGCUGUUUUCUUCUCCUGUGAUGCACUGUGACUGUCACAGACAUGAGCGAUCAGGGCGGUUUCUAAGGUGGGUUGGGGGUGGCGGAAAAAAAGUUCAGCUUUAUUCAAAGAAAAAAGGCUCUCACUAUGUAGCUAGAUUACAUUGUACAAUUGUAUAUGUAUCAUAAAGGUAAGUUAGGGACAUGUUUUUACAGGUCAUGGUGCUCUGGGAAGUAGCUUGCCUGCAGAUUAGAGUGGUUCAUAUUUUUUUGUGAAUGUGGCUGAGGGGACGUAAUGUGAAAAAAUACAGUUUGGUGCAAGUUGGUGUUGAACAUUAAUAACAUUCUAACUUUCUAAUGUGAUUAAUUGUGACAGUGCUGAACAAUAAAUCAGAAAAUAGCAGCUCACAAACACACCAAACACAAUGAACACACUGUAUGUAUGCCUGUAAUUUGCAUUGACCUACACUUGACAAUAGGACAAGUUUAUUUGCAAAACAGAUGCUUGAUGGGAAAGCUGUUUUAGAGCUCAUGGUUGUGUUUUUCUCUUGAGUAAACUGAAGAGUUGGUGGUUGGGCUUCAAGUGAAACUAUUGCUGUUCCCGGCUGAUGAUGAUGUUUGCUCAGAUAUAUUUAAAAACAAAGCUACUCGGCGGAUUACAUCCAAUCAAAACGUUACGUUGUCUCAAGGGGCUUGGAUUUGGACACUUUGUUUUCUGGAUUAAGUGGAAAAAGUGGCCAGAGAUGGGCCAGUGUUGAGUAAGUGUCGUUAAGGAUGGAUUUGUUAAGUCAAAUAUGAGCAUUUGGGGAUUUAAGAAUGCGGUGCUGGGAGGGGGUGACAGAGUGCUGAUCCAAUGCUCUGUAUCUCCCAGGCUGUGAGGCAGGGCAAGUUGUUUGUCUGACCUGGAUAUUAGUCAGGGGUAACCACUUGCGCCAAAUACUGCUCUUCUGCUCUGGCAUCACUCAUCUACUGAACUGUAACCUCAUAUCAUAACCCUGUUUCCAUUCAGUUUCUGUCUAGUACCCUUUCCAUCUGUCUGCUGAGACCCCUCUUUACUUCAGCCUUCAUCGUAGGCUCCUGCGCUUCUGAUAAAUCAUUCCCCGCUUCUAUGAUACUGGUUUAUAUACUGUAGACUUUGCGGAGUGAAAUCAUGUAAUCCACAAUCGGGUUUAGCAUUCAGACCAUUUUGUGCAUUCCAUCUUAAAUUGUUUUGUUUUUUGUAUAAUUUUGUUAUUUUUUAAAUAAAAAAAUAAAGAUACCAUAUGCACAUUGACAUACACGUGUAUUUAGAACUCAUUCUGGAUACAGUCAGAAUUAAGGACCUGAUAUCAUCUCGUUGCCCUGUUACAGCACAUCAAAUUGUACUUAUGAUUCUGCAGAUUCAAUAAAAUGUCAUUUUUUCUCAAA